ACUGUACGAGGACGGACUAUAUGGAAACCAAAAAUUGAGUUCAAUAGUGUGAUACUGGAAACCCUCACCUCUUUUGAAAAAAAAUUUAAGACAGCAAAUUCAAUUUUCUGUUUGAUAAACCAGAGGAGUUAUAUUGCUUUUGCCUCGUAUUUUCUCUUGUUUUCCUGGCAUCACAUUCCCAUUUCCCAUCGGUUUGCUUCAAUUAUUUUUAAGGUUGUGCUUCUUAGUUGAACAAUUUCGAGUCAUGGCUUAUGCAUCUCGUAUAAUCAAUCACUCGAAAAAGUUAAGAAAUGCUCCCAACUUGCUUCGGCAUGAGCAAGCUUGUCUGAUUCGUUGGGUUUCAAAUGAUACUGUCAUAACCUCCUGCAUUGAGAAGGAUGAUAUUGGUAAGGUUCAUCAUCGUCAUUUUGUAGCUGCAGAAAAAGAGAGGUUCUCUAGUACUGCUGCUAAUAGCACUGUGUUGUUGUCUGGAGGAUCUAGGAAAAAUGUCUCAAGGACUGCAAUGCAAGUUGGGAUCCCAUUGGGUGGACCGCUAGUCAUGAAGGAUUUUUCUGGUUCACAAGCAGAGUCGAGGAGAGGAUAUUCGUCUGAUUCAGGUCUUCCUCCACACCAAGAGAUUGGAAUGCCUUCUCUCUCACCCACAAUGACAGAGGGUAAUAUAGCAAGGUGGUUGAAGAAAGAGGGUGAAAAAAUUUCACCUGGUGAAGUACUAUGUGAAGUUGAAACUGAUAAAGCAACUGUUGAGAUGGAAUGCAUGGAAGAAGGUUUCCUUGCAAAGAUAAUAAAAGGGGAUGGAUCAAAAGAAAUUAAAGUUGGUGAGGUAAUUGCUAUUACUGUUGAAGAUGAGGAAGAUAUUCCUAUGUUUAAGGAUUACAGUCCUUCAGCAUCAGAUGGCGCUGCUGCAGCUAAAGAGCCCCCUGCUUCUAAAUCACCUCCACCUCCACCACCCAAGAAGGAGGUUGAGGAAACAGUUAGUUCACAAGAACCAAAGAUUUCGAGGCCCAGUACCACUCCUUCAGAAAGUCGCAUUUUUGCUAGUCCUCUUGCAAGAAGAUUGGCUGAAGAUCACAGUGUACCUCUCUCAAGCAUUAAAGGAACAGGCCCUGAUGGACACAUUGUAAAGGUUGAUAUUGAAGAUUACUUGGCAUCACGUGGGAAGGAAGUUUCAGCAACAGCACCUAAGGCCAAGGACACAACAGCUGCUGCAUUAGAUUAUGUUGACAUACCUCAUUCUCAAAUAAGAAAGGUUACAGCUUCACGCUUAUUGUUCUCAAAGCAAACUAUUCCUCAUUAUUAUUUAACUGUAGAUACAUGUGUUGACAAACUGGAGGGUUUGCGUAGCAAACUAAAUUCAUUACAAGAGGCCUCAGGUGGGAAGCGGAUAUCUGUAAAUGAUCUUGUAAUCAAGGCUGCUGCUUUGGCUCUUAGAAAAGUUCCCCAAUGCAACAGUUCAUGGACAGAUAACUAUAUUCGCCAGUAUAAUAAUGUGAAUAUUAAUGUAGCAGUUCAGACAGACAACGGACUAUAUGUUCCAGUUGUUAGGGAAGCAGACAAGAAAGGUUUGUCUACAAUUGCUGACGAGGUCAAGCAUUUGGCCCAAAAAGCCAGAGAGAAUAGCUUGAAACCAGAAGAUUAUGAGGGGGGCACAUUUACCGUGUCAAAUUUGGGAGGGCCAUUUGGCAUCAAGCAAUUCUGUGCCAUUGUUAAUCCUCCUCAGUCGGGCAUUCUCGCAGUUGGCUCUGCUGAGAAGAGAGUUGUUCCUGGUUCGGGUUCUGAUGAGUUCAAAUUCGCCUCCUUUUUGUCAGUAACCUUAAGUUGUGAUCAUCGUGUCAUAGAUGGUGCAAUUGGUGCUGAAUGGCUAAAAGCUUUCAAGGGCUACAUUGAGAAUCCUGAAUCAAUGUUACUGUGAAUCAAUUAGUGGCUGUUUCUGUCGUUUCUUUGUAUAACUUUCCUUGCAGUUGCAAUCGUUGAGCUGCAUUUGUUUUUUUUGCCAUCAGUCAUUGCAUAGGAAGCAGUGGUUGGGUAGAAUAAAAGUAUUGGGUUCUUUUGAGGUAUUCAAACGCAAAGCAAACUCACUCAAUUUUGCUUUUGCAGAGUGUAAUAACAGUUCCCUUUUGCGAAGGUUAUACCUUUCAUUGAAUAGAUUUCCUUGUGCUAGUCAUCAUCCCAUCAUAAAAUGGUGGCAAGUGAUAAUAAUAAUAAUAAUAUAAUUCUCAGUUCAAAGCUUUGAUCUAC